UUUGAUGUAUGAGAAUGACAUAGCCAAUAUGUAGGUACUUUGACACGGUAUAGACUUCCGAAAAUAUCACAUCUUGUCUUACUUACCUCAAGAAAUAUCAGAGUAAUAGUUAAGAGAGGAUUCAAUUAUUUACAUGAAUAUUUCUCCAUGUGAUUCUCAAUCCUAAUAUGGACACAGCAAAAUAAAUGAUCCAUUUCCAUUACAUAUCCACCCAGCACCCAGCACCCCACCAAAGAAUUUGAUAUCAGCAGCACACCCGGUCCAUCCAGGUACCCGUAGCUAUCCCAAAAAAAUUAAUCUCCAUAUACACCAGCACAAGAAAUAAACCCACCAUAUCUCACCUACACAGCCAAUUCUCCCUCAAAAUGAUUUGUUCACGCUGUCUGACCCGUCAGUCGCUCCCUCUCACCCAACAAACCCGUCUCUUCUCGCACACAGCCUUCCUCACCUCCACCCCCCCAACAUCCACCCCCUCCUCACCUCGCACCGCCGGCCCUCCAACCGCAACCUCCACCGGCGCAGCCCAACCCUUCUCAACCCCCCUCUCCCCCUCGCCCGCCGCCCAAGGAAUCUCCUCCCAUCCUUCCCCCACCAAAAAAUCAACUCCCUUACCUACAUCCAGCAUCCCCGCGGGCACCAUCCUCCAAGGUCUCAACUUCCUCAAAGGAAGAGACGACCCCGUCGCUUUAAAAGAAGAAGAAUAUCCAGAAUGGUUAUGGCACUGUUUGGACGAGAAGAAAGCUGCUGAUGGGGGUGCCGCUGCGGGAGGCGAUGAAUUCUCAAAAUCUAAAAAACUUCGUCGUGCUGCUGCCAAAGCCCGCAGAAAGGCAGAAGAACGCGCGCUUCUCUCGGGCGACACCUCUCUGCUCGAAGUAAAGGUUCCUCUGCAGCAACAAUCGGUCGAUUUGUCUAGUGAAGGCGAAGCCGCAUUAGAACAACGAGGAGAUUUGGUAAAGGCGAUGAGGAAGGAGCGUCGCGCGAAGAUUAAGGAGGGCAAUUACUUGAAGGGAAUGUAAAUUUGAGGUUUUUGAGGUUGUGGAUAGGUUGGAAAGUCGAUGUACUCCUUUGGGGCAAUGGGGUGCGGAUUGGGCUCAAUUCUUGGGGCAUUGUUUGAGAGCUUUGAGAGCUUUGAUGUUGAAGUACUGCUCAAUAAGGAGUCUUCAUGUGGGAUGGCAUGUUGUAGAAAGUAUAAAGCAGAUGGGAGAUGCUCAAGUCAAGAAGACACAUGCAACUGACACAGCUAGACCCAUGAAGAUUGGGCACUAAGAGACGAGGGAAGAUGUAAAAUUAUAUCACAUCUGUGUAAGGAUACUGUAGACAAGAAUCUGUAUUAUAAGGCAUCUAUCAUUAUGUCGACCAACAUGU